AAUUCGCGCGUACUAAAGAGAGCGCCUGAGUUGCCGUCAAAACUGCGUAAUGAGCGUUAGGAUGGUUCAGAGUUGAAUCAACACGUUGGUUACAGAAACAAUUAGGUUGGAGCUUCGUGAACGUGUUGAACUUUCUGUUCCUGCUACCACAGUGACACCAUGAAAACAAGAUAAUGUCUCCUCUGAUGGUGGCCACCGCAUUGAUGUUUCUACCGUGCACCCUAAGUUCGAUACUUUCUCUCGAACCAAGGAUUGCCGGUGGAAUCAAUGCACUGUUUGGAGAAUUUCCGUACAUGGUUUCGAUCCACCUGAAAGCCGUUGGAGAUGGAUUCUACUGUGCCGGCGUGUUGGUAUCGGUUCGAGACGUGCUCACCAGUGCUUCCUGUGUGCUGAACGGCAGUGGAGCUCGCGUUCCAGAAGAGCUGCACCUUUUGAUGGGCACCCCGUUCAGGGCGAACAACACAGAUGCUAUCGAGGUCGAAGUCGAAGAAAUUUGGGUACGAGAUGUUAGAGAUUUGGCUGUUCUAAAGCUUAAAGAGAAAGUACCCGAACUGAAGCCGGUGGUUUUGAAUGAGUUUGUUCAACAAUCACAGAAGCAGUGUAUUCUGGUCGGAUGGGGAGCCAACGAUAGUGACUGGAAUGUGGUUGAUCACUUGCAGGAAGUGUACAUGCGAAUCCGAGUAGAGAAUUGUUCACCUAGUGUUAUAUGUGCAAGUGGAGAGCAAACUUCUUCCGGAGCAUGCUAUAGAGAUCUUGGUUCACCGUUGCUGUGUGAUGGAUCGCUGGCAGGAAUUCUAGGAUCAAAUCCGCAACGAUGUGGAGGGCCUGUGGAGUUCUACAGCAUAAGGGAUAAAAUCGACUGGAUACGCUCUCAAACAACCAGAGCAGGUGCGACUGGGUCGCAUACGGUUACCUUCAACAGAUUCAUUAUUCAAUGUUUAAUUUUAAUAAGUGCUAAAAUAUAUUACUCUUAGUUAGUAUCCUAAA